UUUGUUUCUCUUGGGGGGUUUUGAACACUGAGAAUAGUUUCGCUUUGUUUUUGCGUUGAAGGGUUUUGGAAUUUUAGCGUUGGAAGCUAUUAUGAGCUAUUUCUUGAGGAAUCUUGCACGUUUGAAUAGAAGCUCCGUCGCUGGAGUGGUAGGGAUUGUGGCUGCUGGUUCGUCACUACUGUGCUCCGAUACUGGUUCCAGAACGUCUGUAAGCGCGAGGUUUCAUUUGCCGUUACAAGAUACACCAUGGUUGAGAUGGGCAUUGCCAUAUGAUUUGUUACUUCGACAUUUGCCAUCAUUCGAUCAACAUGGAAUAAUUCCGCUGUCUUCGUAUAGAGUCAGUCCUGUUCCUUUGUCCGACAAUGACAUAUCUAAGGAAACUUCUGGGGAAGUUCAUGAUGGGUCAAAGCCGUGUGGUUGUUUUGGCAGAGAUACUAUUGCGAACGCAGCUGCUAAAGUUGGUCCUGCUGUUGUUAAUAUUUCAAUUCCAAAAGAAUUUUUUGGGAUUACUGGAGGAAUGAGUAGUAUUUGCUCAGGAACAAUCAUUAAUAAGGACGGUACAAUCUUGACAUGUGCUCAUGUUGUGGCUGAUUUUCAUGGUGCAAGAAGUUCAUCCAAAGGGAAGAUUGAAGUCACUUUGCAAGAUGGAAGGACAUUUGAGGCGAAACUGGUGAAUGCUGACAUGCAUUCAGAUAUUGCUGUUCUUAAGAUAAAUGCUGAAACCCCACUACCAGAAGCAAAGCUGGGCUCUUCAACUAGGCUUCGUCCCGGGGAUUGGGUAAUUGCCAUGGGUUGUCCGCUUUCCCUUCAGAAUACUGUUACUGCUGGUAUCGUAAGUUGCGUUGACCGCAAAAGCAGUGAUUUGGGGUUGAGAGGCAUGCCAAGGGAGUAUUUACAAACAGAUUGUGCAAUUAAUAUGGGAAAUUCUGGAGGGCCACUUGUGAAUAUGGAUGGUGAAAUUGUUGGAGUGAACAUUAUGAAAGUGUUGGAUGCUGAUGGGUUGAGUUUUUCUGUACCAAUCGACUCUGUGUGUAAAAUUAUAGACCAUUUCAAGAAAAGUGGGAGAGUAAUACGUCCUUGGCUUGGACUAAGAAUGCUUGAUCUAAAUGAGAUGAUUAUUGCGCAGCUUAAAAAGAAAGAUGCUUCAUUCCCUAAUGUCAAUAAGGGAAUUCUUGUACCAAUGGUAACUCCUGGGUCUCCUGGUGAUCGUGCUGGGUUCCUCCCUGGCGAUGUUGUCGUUCAAUUUGAUGGAAAGCCCGUGGAAAGCAUGAAAGAGGUAAUUGAAAUGAUGGGGGACAAAGUUCGGGUGCCCGUGAAGGUUGUAGUUAAAAGGGCGAACGAUAAAUCAGCGACUCUGACUGUGAUUCCGGAGGAAUCCAAUCUUGAUUUGUAGAAGCUGACUGUUACAAAUUACAUCACAAAAGUGGUGCUGGUUCCUCGAGUAUAGAACUAUAUUACCCUCCCUUCAAGGGAUUUCUCAUUGUUUCCUAGUUAUUUGAUUGAAUAACUUGGUGAUGUGUUUGUUUUAGGCAAUUAAAUUUUUACCAUAUGAUGCACAGGUGGUUUUGGAAUGCGAUCCAAUUUUAUUAUCUGUUUAUCUAAUUGUGUGUUUAUGGGAUUUCUUCUUAAUAGUGUAAAUUUGGGGUGAGGGCAUGAUGCAUUGAUGUCUCAGUUUAAAGUAUGAAAGAUUCUUAGGACUGAAAUAAUACUUACAAAUACAUUUAUGUUUACUUUUCUCUAGAAAUACUAGCGGGACUCGUAUCCCAGACGUUUUGAA